GACAUUGUCAUCGUGCCAUGGCAUCCGAGCGUUUGCCAGUCGUCAUUGUUCCUGGCUUCUGCUCAACUCGCUUGGAGGUCGAGAGCAGCGAAGUUCGUCCUUCUUGGAAGGGCCAAAAGAUAUGGUUGGGGCUGUCCAACAUUGGCUUUUCGGCUAUGCACGGGAAAGGGACUUGGGCAGAUCCAGAGGCAUUAUCUCUGAAGAACCAAUGGCUUCAGCAUCUGGUUUUAGCAGAUCCGCAGAGCGAGAGUUCUGGGAUCCGACUCCGCGCCGUGGAGGGCUUGGCGGGAGUGAAGUUUUUGGAUCCUGACAGCUUCAUGGGCUUGGCAGCUGAAGCAAGCUAUGUAUUUGCGCCAGUCAUUGGCCUAUUGGAAGAACUUGGAUAUGUAGAAGGAGUUGACCUCAUUGCUGCCAGCUAUGAUUGGCGGUUCGCUCCAUCUGUGCUGGAAAAGCGCGUUGGCUACUUCAGCCAACUCAUUCGAAGCAUUGAAACUUUGUAUCACCAUUGCCAAAAUCGUGGAGUCGUCCUUUUGGCACAUUCCAUGGGAAACAAAGUGGUGUCCUACUUCUUGGAAUUUGCUAAGAAAACAAAGGGGCAAGCUUGGAUAAACCAGCACAUCAACCUUUGGCUUGCAGCUGGCGCUCCGCAUUGUGGAGCCCCUCAAGCGCUGAGAUCUACUGUCUUUGGAGACAAGUUUGGGUUGGACCAUUUUGUGACAGACUCAGAGGCAAGAGCCUUCGCACGAUCCUUAAGCGCUUCUCCAUGGCUAUUUCCGACAGGCAAGGAAACAACGCCGCUGUUCUAUCUUCGGAGAGGAGGUGUCUUGGAGAUCAAGCAGCUGUCUGCCACCGUCGAGAACUGCGGUAUUGCUUCAGCUGACAACAAGAUCAUGCUAACGAUAGAGCUAUGCUGGGGAUCGCGCAAGACAGACAGCCUGACGACCAAAAGUGCCGGCUCAUUUGAUGGCAGAAGUGCCAAGUUUGACGACUACUACAAUUUCUUGCAGUUUGCUGGCCCAGAGGAGCUGCCGGCAGAUGCGACCAUCAAAGCGAUUGUCAAGGAAAAGGGCAGGCAGCACGAUGCUAAAGGCAGUUGGCUGUCUCGGGUGGGGCAAAAUCUAGCUGCUGGUGCGAUGUUGGUGGAAGAGGCUGCAAUGGGGAGAAAAGGCCUUGGUGUGCCCAAAGCGUACACUGAGGCCAUAUCUUUGAGCCCUCUCCUCAACAAAUCUCAUGUCGACACUGAGGGAUUUGUUGAAGUGCGCCUGCCGAUCACCAAACUGGCAUCUGGACCGAUUUCUGCAAUGGGAUAUGGCAAAGCUGCAGAAAAAGGAGAUUUCGUCACUUUCCGGAUGCGCUGGUUGGAUUUUGCAGCACUCAAGAGGACCUGGGUCGGAUCAGACUCGCUCUGGGAGGGUGACAGAUGUGACAGCACCUCCAGCUACCACUUCAAAUGUUCCAGUGAUAAAGCAGCUGUCUAUGAACCUAUUGGUGCCAAGCAGGUGAUGAAAAUUGAGCGAUGCCAGGAUAUUCUGGAUACAUGGAAACAAUACUACGGAGAAGAUAGCCUGUAUGAUGACCUGUGUGACCGUUGCCCAACGGUCAAGAAAUUACGAGCUGUUCAUGGAGUGAAUGUUCCUACAGAGGCAGCAUAUGCGCUUCGAGUACAGACAAUCCGGCUGAAACAGUCAGAAAUAUUGACUCGAUUGGCAUUUGAUGAAGCUGCCAGCUCAGAUAUUCAUGGAUACAGCUUCCAGGGUGGAACUGUUCAUGCAAAUGGCUCGAGCAAAGCCCUGAGUGGUGACGGAGUUGUUCCCCUGUCGAGUUUGGAGGAGUGUCGAAACUGGGCCAAGGCAGGUUUGGAUAGUGAGCUGACCUCAAUACCAGGCGUAGAGCACCGUGCCAUCCUUGCAGACGCACAUUUUCAUCAAAUUAUUAAGGAUUCAGUGCUUUUAAAGGGCCGACAAUCUAUGCAACAGGAGCCUCCUCUGCGCUUUUCCAUUGCAGGGACCUUUAGCAAUUGGAAACCUGAACAGAUGACCUGGGACGGUGCUUGUUUUGUGCGCGUCCUGUCCAUUGGGCCCAAUGGUUGGGAAAGCUUUCAAAUUUUGCUCGACAGCAGCUGGGACAAAGUCUUCUACCCUAAUGUGAAGGAUGCAGGGCCGACCGUUCCUCAUUCGAUUUUGGGGCCAGACAACCACAAUGCAGGUAAGGACUGGACCAUCGGUAAAAACCGUGGGAAACUCCUGGAAGGGUUGCUUCGCCCUGGUAGCGCCUUCAAAGUGAAGUUGGAACUCAACAGUGGGAAACCUCAGAGUGUCACUUGGGAGCCCUUCUCAUUGGUUGAAGUCCUGCGUGCAAAAGGCACUUGGCAAAUGCAAAAGCGUGGCGUGUGGUCAGAUCUACCUGCAGAAUGCAGUGUGACCCUCAACUCGGAGCUCGCCCUCGCGCGGCCCUCUGCUGAAAUGCAGAUCCAGCAGCAGAGGUGCAGGAUUGAUCUUUUGAACAUGCAACUUAUCAAUUUCGCCACAAAGGAGCAGGUUCCAGUCCGACGAAUUUGAAGAUGAGCUUCAUGGUGAAUUCUCAAAUGAUGUUGGAGCGAAGUUCAAAAGACCCUCUGAAAGUCAUGAUACAUUGUACAUUCUUUUGCGAUGUCACGGAGCGAAUCAUAUCGACUGAACGCUUCAAUUCGAUCGAUUCCACACGACUCACUGGCCGUGUGCCGUUGAGUCCUUUUGCGGCCAUGAGGUAGGUCAGCUUGGACCGCUGGAAGGAAA